AUGGAGCCGCCCCCUACAUCUUCAAACUCUCGGCUCUUCUCCGCCAGAACCAAUCAGCGGCCGCGGGGCCUCGGAUUGGCUGGCGCCGUUCCCCGGGCGACGGGGCGCGGCCCGGGCUUCCCUGCUUCCCUGACCAUCUGGCGGAGCCGGAGCGGGCGGGGAGUCCUGGUCCUGGGUGGGAGGCGGCUGCGGCAGCGGCGGCGCGUCCCCCUCCAUCCUCUCCCUCCCUCCCGUUCCUCGCGGCCCCUCCUCCCCCUCGGCCGCGGCCAGACGCCGCCCGGCCAGCCGCUGUCCUGUUCCCAGUCCCGGUCCCCGUCCCGAGCGAGCGGAGCCGGAGAGGAAGCCCAAGCGGGAGCCAUGGGCUGCGGGAACUCCACGGCCACCAGAGCCAGCUCGGUCCGAGGUCCUGCUGGAGCUGUUAAAGAUGUGACAGAAGAAUCCAUCACAGAUGACGACAAGAGAAGGAACUACGGAGGGGUCUAUGUCGGCCUACCCUCGGAUACUGUUACAAUGGUUUCCAGUCAGACAAAGAGUGCAAGAAAGGAUUAGAAGAAAUUACAUCCUGAUGCAAUAAAUAAGAGCUUACUCAUCAACAUUUGGGAAGAACUUAGUCACACAGGAGACGUUGACAUCUUGUAGACAUUUUCAAGAAGGUUCUGGACGCCCUAAAUCCCAAGUGUUGGAAGGCAAAGUUACAGGCAAAACUUGAAUGUGACUGAAGGAGCAGGAAAUCACUCGGACACCGUGCUCAGAGUAUGGAACCACCCUGUGGGCACCUUGUGAACUGUCCUGGGGCAAGCCACUUUAGAGAGAAAUCAGCCUUGAGACUUGUAGACAGCAUGCUCCCCCUCACUGGGGCCAGAUGGGAGAGCUCAUGAAUUAUAAGUUCACCAAUACAUUUUUGGAUGGCUUUUAUAUGAUAAAAAUCUUCAUUCUAUUUAUAACAUAAUAAUGAGGCCCUGUAAGGGAAUUAAUGAAAAACCAUACAUUUGACAUCUAUAAUCUUUUAGUGCUCUCGGUACAAAUUGAAUCAAUUUCUUUUUGGUUGGUAAAAUCUUAAAUUGAUCAAGUAGCUAAAAAGGUUUGAGGUUCUCAUGGCUAUUUUUGUCCCUUUUAUACUACUGAUUUUCAGUCUUUUAAAGCAUUCAAUUGCUCAAAAGAACUUUCUUUUUUUUUAAAGAAUAAUGUAUUUCAUUGCAAUGUGUUUUUUUUUAAAGCAGAAUACUGAUUUUGCAUGUUCUGUAAAAGCUCUGGUUAACCAUCUCUUUUCUAUGUACAAAGGCUCACGUAUCCAUUGCAACUAGUCUUCUGUUCUAUCCCAACUGCGUUAUGACCUUCUGAGAAUUUAGGUCACCACAAUAUUAUUUACUUAUUCAAAAUCAAUAAGAAUAACUGAUGAGUAACUAAUGGGCUAUUUGGGAAGUAUUUCAUUUGCUAAUAACUGUAAGUUUCUCUACUAAAUACUAUGCUGUAAUUUGCUAUGCUAUUUAGACAAUUAAAACAUUUAUAUUCCUCUUUA